UGGAGAGGAUCCCUCGAUACUCUUCUCGUUUUUAUCGCGCUGUUCUCGGCAAUAAUCACUACCUUCUUUGUGCAGUCACUUGAUGGGCUUACGCAAGAUCCCAACGACAGAACAAAUGAACUGCUUCAGAACCUGACGGAACUCGACAUCGCCGUCAGCGGCGUCAACGCCUCCCACCUGAGCAUUCCAUCGCCCGUUCCUUUCGAGCCUGAAGGGGACGUCGUCCGUCUGAACUUCUACUGGUCUCUCUCUUUGGUUUUAAGCGUG